AUAGAUCUAGUUGAAACAUUACUAGCUUGAAAAAUUUUCGCCAGUGUUAGUCUCGUUUACUGUCUGGUGAGAAAAAGUAAUUUCAUCUGCAGUCCCUCCUUCAGGAAGCAUAAUAUUCAAACUGCCAUCGUCAGAAGAAUGUGUCAAUCUUAGUGCCAUGUAACACAGAAUUAAGUGGAUGAGAAUUCCAAUGAGAGCAAAGCCCAAGAAUGUUCUGGUCUUGAUUCUGAUUGUUUGCAUCAUUCCUCUGUUUUGGAUCUCACUUGUAACUAAACAAAAUGUACCAUUCCCUAGGACUGAUUCUAGUAGACUGGAAGAUAUACAAGACAGAUUACAGUUAGCAGAACAUGUUAACCAGAGGAGAGAGGCAGAUUUAAAAACACUCCGCAGUCAUUUUCUUCAAAUCUUAAAGGGUGUGAUCCAUGCAACUAAUCAAACAAACAGGUCUAUUGCAGGCAUGUUUCAAACCGAUCUGGCUUUACAGCUAAGCAACAUGAGCAACAUUUCAUCUGAGAAUUCAUUGCAGCUUCCCAGUCUGUUUACGUAUCUCCCCCACAUCAUUGGCAAGCCUCAAAGUCUCAGACCGAGCUUUCAGCUGUCACAAAACAGAUUUGGUGUAUCUAUUGUGAUUGGAAUUCCAACAAUUCGUCGUGAUAAGAGCAGCUACCUACAACAAACUGUUAAAUCAUUGGUUCAAGGCAUGUCACCUGAGGAAAGGAAGGAGUGCUUGAUCAUAGUCUUUGUGGCCGAGCCUAAUGACCCUCGGUAUGUCAAAGAAGUGGCUGAAGGUCUGAAAAAACAAUUUCCAGAGGAGUUACAGAGUGGUCUUCUAGAAGUUAUAGCUCCCCCUGCUGAGUUUUAUCCAGACUUUAACAAUAUCAAACAGACAUAUGGUGAUACUAAAGAAAGGGUUAAAUGGCGGACCAAACAGAACCUGGAUUUUUCCUUCCUUAUGAUGUAUGCAAGGAGUAAAGCCAUUUAUUAUGUACAGUUGGAAGAUGAUGUUAUAGCUAAGCCAGGCUACUUCACCAUCAUGAAAACUUUUGCUGAACAGCAGAGCUCCACUACCUGGAUAUUGUUAGAGUUUUCAACAUUAGGUUUUAUAGGUAAAAUGUUCAAAUCCAAAGAUUUGCCAGUGGUGGUAGAAUUUUUCCUGAUGUUUUACCAGGACAAGCCAAUUGAUUGGUUGUUAGAUUAUUUCCUAGCUGUUAAAGUCUGUAACCCAGAAAAAGACCAUAAACAUUGCAGUCGAAUGAAAGGAGAAAUGCGGCGGAGAUAUAAGCCUUCUCUCUUCCAGCACGUAGGGACACAUUCCUCACUCAAAGGAAAAGUCCAGAAAUUAAAAGAGAAAGAUUUUGGAAAGCUGAUGUUACACAGGGCCCACGUUAAUCCUGGAGCUGAGCUCAGCACAACACUGAAAGCCUAUCAGAAGUUUACACUGAGGAAAGCCUACAUCGGAGAGGAUGUUUUCUGGGCCCCAACACCUGCCAAGGGUGAUUUCAUUCAGAUAAAGCUACAACCUCCUGUUAAUAUAGAGGAAAUUUUGUUCCGGACUGGAAACCCUGACCACAAGGCUGAUAUUUUGCUGAAUGGAUCCAUACUUGUCAAACCUGAGGAGUCCACCACUCCUUCUGAUGUGUUACUGGAGGCAGGAUUUACUGUAACUGGUACAGGGUUUUAUAAUGUGUCUACAUUUAAAGAUGGACUAGCUCACAUCAAGUUUAGUGAAGACAUUGGAAAAAUUCAGUACAUUAAAGUUUUAGUGGAGGCAAACAACGAAAACUGGAUGAUUGUCAGUGAGAUCCAUAUAAAAGAGAGAAAAUCCUUGCCAUCCCAGAGAUAACACAGGUCUCUUGGAGCUUCCUGCAUGCCUUCAAAAACAUAUAGUUAAUUCAGCUUAUUGCAGAGAGGCCUAAGCAUUAUUCUUAUAGUACAUGUAUCAGCAUUUGCCCAGUGUAAAUACUGUCUUUGUUGGGAGAUGUAGCCACUGCAGUAGCUUUGUAAAAGUGGUGAAUUUGCUGACAAAAGUUGUCUCAGGACAAACUGAUCUUAGUCUUCCUAAUUUCAGAUGGAGAAGUCACUGUACUAUUUUAGCAUUUGCACGUUAUCAUCAUAUAUGAUCUUUCAUGAAAUCUAGUCUUAUUUUGUAAGUUUUAAUUUUUUGCAUUGUUGCAGGGAAAUUUUAAGAACAUCAUUUUUUUUUUUACAACUGUUGAAAUCUGUUUCAUUAUAUCCCCCAUAAAUGAAUUUCUUUUUUUUUUUCCGAAGCUACUGUAGAUUCCAUAUUUUUACAAGUACUUGACAUUGUGAAAUGACUAGGAGAUACCAAUCACGGAAACGUGAAUUUACAAGAAAAAUGUUGAUCAAGAGGGUUUCUUUUUAUAAGCCCGUCUUGAGACGGGACGUAUUAUGUUAUAGCGUUCAUGUCCGUCCGUCCGUCUGUAAGCUUUUUCAUGUCAGGCUCAAAACUUUAAUACUAUUAGGCCUAGAAUUAUCAAACUUUGUCAGCUGAUACAUCUUGGGUAGAAGGUGUGUCGCGUAUUAAAAGUAGGUUGCUCUGACCUUUAAUUAAGACACUAUAGCCAAAUAUGGAAAAAUCCUGUCCGGCUCAUAACUAGAAAAGUAUUAGACCUAGAAUCAUCAAACUUGGCCAAUAUAUGCAUCUAAGUAGCAGGUGUGUCGCAACCUAUUUCAUGUGACCUUUAAUUUAAGUGAAAUUUAAAAAAAACUAUGUCUUUUAACUUUUAAAGUAAAAAAUCCCAAAAGAUGUAAGAGUAUUGCAGUAUCCUUAUUAAAAAAAUGUUAAAUCAAGAAAAUACUUAUGUUUUUCAUUAUAUACUUUACAGCAAUCUGUAACAAAUAAUGUUAUAAGAGAAAUUCCACCUCUCCCAUAAUUUCAGGGUACAGGGUAGCUCUAGUUUUAACUGGAAGAAACUAACCUUGAUUUUUUUUAAUAUUUAUGUUUGCACCAGUAAAUUUUUUUUAAUAUUUAUGUUUGCAACACUAAAAUUUGUUUAUGAUUGUUGUUUGAUUCUAAGUGAAGUGAACUCCACAUGUAUUUCAUUUUAAAGGCAUGUCAUGCUUAGGUCUGCAAUUCCAGUUGUGAGAUGUUUUGAUCAAUGUGGCUCAUAGAAAUUUUUGCUCUUGUGCCUGUUGCAAACAAUCAGUGGUAUCAUUUUUACUUUGGCAGAACUUUGUUUUUGAAGUAAAGUGUAUUGUGGCGCUAUGAUAAACUACCAUAGAUCUGGAAGUUUCACUAAAGGACAAUAUUUUCGUAACAGAUUUUUACAGUUUUAGAGUAAGCUUAAGAGGAAGCAGUUAAGGAUCUGCAUCCUUCAGUUAUAUGCAAGAUUCACAGAGGAAAAAGCUCUCGAGAUUUUUGAUGCUCCAUUAUAUACAACUUUAUCAUCACUAAUGCUUUCAGUUUAGUGCUAAUAGUUUAAAUGUUUUUGUUAAGAAACGUUAACCUAUCAUUGAGCAAAAUCAAACACUUACAUACCACGUACAGGAAUAUGUUUGCCUAGUCUUGCCCUCAUUGUACAUAGAAUCAUUUUUUCUUAUGAGAAAAAGACGUGGGUUUUUUUUUUGAAAAUUUUCUAUAGGAUAUAAAGACUUGCCAUUAAGGUUUGGUUACAUUAGAUUUGUACAGUGCUGUAGAGAUAAGCUUUACUUUACAGUAGUGUGAUGGAAGGGUGAGAUUUUCACAGUGGUUAUAUGAUGUAAGGGUAAGAUUGGCUUGUGAAAAAUAACUACAUGGAAACUCCACAACUUUAUGUGUUUUAAAAUUCUUUGUGGUUUAUCUACAUGGUCAGCAUCUUUCACUGACUGACUUUGCCUAAGUACUAAUCUGUGAAUGGAAUAGCAUCCCAGCCAAAUAGUCUAUGACACACACACAUAACAUCAAAGAUUAUAUGAAGAAGCAUGGUAUAACACCCUAUCUAUACAAGUUGUAGGAGUUACUUUUUAUUGUUGAUGAGAACUCUUGUGUAAGAUGCUCUCACCUUUUAAAUAUACAUGUAAGUAAAAAGUGUAAAAAUAAAAUGUGAUUUAAAAUAAAUCAGUCUUAAAUAAUGAAAUUCAGAAAAUGAUGGAAGUGACUGUAUUUUAUGAAAAUUUACAUGCUAUUCUUAUUGUGUUGUCCUGUGUGCACUGAUGCUACAAAGCUGUAGACUUCUGCAUUCUGUUUUUUGAAGGGAUGUGAUUAUUCCUAAGGACUUUAUUAUUUGUACAGUAAUUUAUUUUUAAUUCUUGACUCUUGUAGAGAAUUUAGAUAUAUUCUUCACACAAUAGAACAUUUAUCUAUAAUCCACAUCAAGUUUGUCCUCUUCUAGUUAUACAUGUAUGCAACAUUAUUUUGCAAGAAAUCAAAACAUGUCUGCACUUUUUAUAUACACACUCACUAUUGUAAAAUUCAUUUAAAAUGAGAGAGGGGGUGGUAUCCAUUAUUCCAUUUUGAGAGAAAAUAAUAGAACAAGUAAUUUACAUAAAAUAGCAGAAUAUUUAUGUCCAAACAAAGACUUGAGAGUACAAACUACUGACUCGUGAGCACUGACUACUGACUUGUGAGUACUAUAACUAAUUACUUGUGAGUACUUUUAAUUACUGACUUGUGAGUACUUUUAAUUACUUACUUGUGGGUACUUUUAACUACUUACUUGUAAAUACUUUUGACUACUGACUUGUGAGUUCUUUUAACUACUUACUUGUUAGUACUAAUAACUACUUACUUGUGAGUACUUUUAACUGCUUACUUGUGAGUAAUAAUAACUACUGACUUGUGAGUACUUUUAACUACUUGUGAGUACUUUUAACUACUGACUUGUGAGUACUAGAACUACUGACUUGUGAAUGCUAACUAAUGACUUGUGAGUAUUAAAUAUGGACUUAUGAAAGGAGAGGCGUUUAUAAUCCAUUCCAUUAUAUAAAUACCUAGUAAAAUUUGUAAUUUUAUGCUGCAAUAAUGUUUAUAAAAGUGUUGUUUGUGCAAUAAUUAAUGUGCCAUUGUUAAUUGAUUCAUGAAAUUAUUAAAAUUUGGUAGUGAUUGAAUGUAUUUGUAAUGAUUAUUUAUGUCACAGUGUAUGAAGUUUUUAGAAAACUUGUGUCCAUUUGAAAUUCUCAGUAGUUUAUAUUGUAAGAAAUAUAAUGGGCUUCUUAAACCCGUAUCUUUUGCAAAAUAUAUUUCAAAAAUAAGAAGAGAAAGAGAUAUUUUGUAAGAAGUUAGUUGAUAUUGUAGUGUUGGUUGUUAUUUCCACAGUUGACUUGGAGUGGUAUGUUGUUGUAUUGGUAUGGUGACUCCCUGUCACAGUUCAUUUUCCAUCACUUACCCGGUUUUGUUGGAUGUUUUUUCGCUGUUAGUAGCCAAAUUUUAUAUUCAAUUUAUAUUUCAUCUUAUUGAUAAAAUAUGAAUAUUAA